ACGGCAAGAGGUCACUCUAAAAACUGCUGCUGCUGGGACGCGUCAGGUGGCUGCUGGUGGUUCCCCAACGGAUUUUCCUUCUCCCUGUCUCUCUCUCCACAGAUUGCUUCUCAAAAGGAAUCUUCUGCUGAAACUUCACCAUCACAAGUCGGGGACGCCCCUCACACAGGACGCAAGUUCUUGCCUGUGACAGCCACCAUGGCCCCCAAAAAGAAGACUGUCAGAAAGAACAAAGGCAACAUCAAUGAGAUGACCAUCAUUGUAGAAGACAGCCCCCUCAACAAACUCAACGCUUUGAAUGGGCUCCUGGAGGGAGGCAAUGGCCUUAGCUGCAUCUCUUCUGAAUUAACAGAUGCUUCUUAUGGCCCCAACCUCUUGGAAGGUUUAAGUAAAAUGAGGCAGGAGAGCUUCCUUUGCGACUUAGUCAUCGGCACCAAAACAAAAUCCUUUGACGUUCACAAGUCAGUGAUGGCUUCUUGCAGUGAGUACUUUUACAACAUCCUAAAAAAAGACCCCUCUACCCAAAGGGUGGAUCUCAGUGAUAUCGCACCGCUGGGCCUGGCCACGGUCAUUGCAUACGCCUACACUGGAAAGCUCACUCUCUCCUUGUAUACCAUAGGAAGCAUUAUUUCUGCUGCUAUUUAUCUUCAGAUCCAUACCCUUGUCAAGAUGUGCAGUGAUUUUCUGAUACAAGAAAUGAGUGUUGAGAACUGCAUGUACAUUGCUAACAUUGCCGAAACAUACUCCUUGAGAAACGCAAAGGCAGCAGCCCAAAAAUUUAUCCGGGAUAACUUCCUUGAAUUUGCAGAAUCAGAUCAGUUUAUGAAACUUACAUUUGAGCAAAUUAAUGAACUUCUUAUAGAUGAUGACUUACAGUUGCCUUCUGAAAUAGUAGCAUUCCAGAUUGCAAUGAAAUGGUUAGAAUUUGACCAAAAGAGAGUGAAAUAUGCUGCCGAUCUUUUGAGCAAUAUUCGCUUUGGUACCAUCUCUGCGCAAGACCUGGUCAGUUAUGUUCAGUCAGUACCGAGAAUGAUGCAAGAUGCUGAUUGUCACAAGCUUCUUGUAGAUGCUAUGAACUACCACUUACUUCCCUAUCAUCAGAACACAUUGCAGUCUAGACGCACGAGAAUCCGAGGGGGCUGUCGUGUGCUUGUCACUGUGGGGGGCCGUCCAGGCCUUACUGAGAAGUCCCUUAGCAGAGACGUCUUGUAUAGAGACCCUGAAAAUGGAUGGAGCAAGCUUACAGAGAUGCCAGCCAAGAGUUUUAAUCAGUGUGUGGCUGUGAUGGAUGGAUUUCUUUAUGUGGCCGGUGGUGAAGACCAGAAUGAUGCAAGAAAUCAAGCCAAGCAUGCAGUCAGCAAUUUCUGCAGAUACGAUCCCCGCUUCAACACCUGGAUCCACCUGGCCAGCAUGAACCAGAAGCGGACGCACUUCAGCCUGAGCGUGUUCAACGGGCUCCUGUACGCCGUGGGCGGCCGCAACGCCGAGGGCGGCCUGGCCUCGCUCGAGUGCUACGUGCCGUCCGCCAACCAGUGGCAGCCCAAGGCGCCCCUGGAGGUGGCGCGCUGCUGCCACGCCAGCGCGGUGGCCGACGGCCGCGUGCUGGUGACCGGCGGCUACAUCGGCGGCGCCUACUCGCGCUCCGUGUGCGCCUACGACCCGGCCCGCGAUGCGUGGCAAGAGCUGCCGGCGCUCAGCACGCCGCGGGGCUGGCAUUGCACGGUGACGCUGGGCGAGCGCGUGUACGUGAUGGGCGGCAGCCAGCUGGGGCCGCGCGGCGAGCGCGUGGACGUGCUAACCGUGGAGAGCUUCAGCCCGGCCGCCGGCCAGUGGAGCUACGCGGCGCCGCUGCCCGUGGGCGUGAGCACGGCGGGCGCCUCGACGCUGCACGGCCGCGCCUACCUGCUGGGCGGCUGGAACGAGGGCGAGAGGAAGUACAAGAAGUGCAUCCAGUGCUUCAGCCCCGAGCUCAACGAGUGGACGGAGGACGACGAACUGCCCGAGGCCACCGUGGGCGUGUCGUGCUGCACCCUGGCCAUGCCCAAUCACGUGACCCGAGAGUCCCGCGCCAGCUCGGUGUCCUCCGUGCCCGUCAGCAUCUGAACCCGGGGAGCCGCGGGCUCGCGGGGAGAGAAGAUAGGCAUCGCGGUUCAGCCGUGAGCUAGCGGAAAGGAAACUAUCUAACAUUUACUGCAGGGGAGUCUUUUCAGAUCCAUCGAGGCAUCUGCCUUGGUGGUUUUCAGUUGCUGGUGUGGCAUCAUCUACCUCUCUGUCGAUUUUUUUUUUUUUUUUUUUCUUUUUUUAAGCAAAAUACAGGGCCGGAGCCAACAAAGGAAAGAAGCCAUUUAUUUCAGCGGCCACUGGGUGGCAGACAGAACUCGCGGUGGGCACUUCCAUCGCGGCCUCCUUUCUAAACAUAGAGCGGUUGCACCCACAUUUGAGAUUGUGCUUCUGCACUUUAAUACACACGAAGCCUGUGUGAGUAAGAGAUUUCUCGUACAAAAGUUUAUUUUCCUUUCUCUUUUUUUUCUUUAGGGAGUUUAAAAUAGUCCUUUAUAGGUUUCAUUUUUAAAUGGAAAUCAGUCUACAUCCAUAAGGACUUAAGAUUUAAUUCUGUGUUUCUAUGCAGUUUCUUUUCCUAUACAUGCCUGAGUAAAGGAUUUCGAAAGGCAUCCCAGGAGAAAAUCAUAAACCUUAAGACAAAUACUGAUGGGAAAGUAACAGGGAUUCCACCCAGGGGCUGACAGGUUGAUGCCUUUGGUUUAGUGGUGAGUCCCUCCUCCCUGCCUCAGGCCCCCAAAAGUAUUUCCUAUCAUAAAAUCCUACUCUCAAAGAAGGAACUGACAUCAGUCAUCUAAUUUAUAGGUAAAUUUAAACCAUUUUGUUGUUUCUCCUAGAAGUAUUCACAUUUUACUUUGGUCCCCCAUUAAAAGAAUUGCAAGUAGUACUCUCACCCUAAAAACUACAUCAAGAUGGUUAAAGGCAACCUUGACCUUCAUGUAAGCCCCCAGAAGAACACCAAAUGAAACUCUGUCUGUAAGGAUCCUUAACAUAUAGCAUAUACAGCCUGAAGGUUAUGCAACCAGUAACAAUAAUUUGAUUUCUUCCAGUCUUUUAGAUGAGUGAGAAUGAAGGAAACAUUUGGAAUUCCUGGAUUUGGCAAUAGCGGGAUGAAUGGGUCCCCCUGUUGGUAAAUUCUAUUCUUUACCAAUUGAUUUCAAUCCUGAUUUCUUAAUUAAAAAUCUAACACGUUCAUUUUCUAUAGAAAUGUUAAGAUAAUAUAUGCCCAUUUGAUUAUAUAUUUUUAAAAUUUCAUCUGCUCCAAAUUAGCUUUGCAAAUUAAACUAUAUCCACUCCAUAUCAUUUUUCUUAUAUGUUCGCCAAGUUUGGAAGCAAGGGAAUGAUGGCAGUAAAUGAUACAUAUUUUCCUUUCUUCUAAUUUAUCUUUUUAUUCUUUGAUAGUUCACUUGUUUUGGAGAGGAAGGGCCUAUCAAUUAUGGGUUAUGUGCAAAUGGAUUUUGAAAAAUAAGACAAACUAUUUAAAUGGUGAAACAUGACAUCUAUGACAGUAUAACCGGGUUUUCGUGAGCCCUGUCCUCUCCCACUGUGUGUAGAUAGGUUAUGGCUAGAGUUACAAUAUUUAUAUUGAAAAUAUUUUAUUCGAACUGUGAAAAGUGGUUCAUAUAGUAGUACACUUUGUGGAACAAUUUUAUAUCAUUGCCCCUUAUGGAAAGUUCAAUCUCUGGGUAUUUAAUGGUAACACUCGGGUAAAGGCUAGAACAUUGCGGGUUGAGAACAAGACGUUAUUAAUGUAAAAACACUGGGCUGUUUCCUAACCCCACGCAGGGCAGGAGGAGCUUCUCCAAGUACAGAGCAGAUCUGCUCCUUGAUUCUUUAUUGGCCCAGGCUGAAAAAUAAACCUGUGUGAGAAACCAGUGUAUGGAGCUGGUUAUAUCACUGAGCUCUUAAGUCACAAUGUACAACCUAUAGAUAGACUUUUGUCCUUGCAGCACCAUGGGUAAAAUUAGCUUUUCAUUUGUAAUAAGUUGUUUAGGCCACAACUUCCAAAGCCUAUAUGAGGGUGACUGUAACAUCUUUUAGUUUGGUAUAAACAUAUAUUUUCAUACAAUUGAGAAGCCUAUAGCAUACCGUUAGUUUUGAGAGACAAAAGGUGAUGUAUUAUGGAUUACAGGUCAUAAGUGGGCAAAUAGACAUAAUCUCUUGAUGCUCACCAAGAGAUGUAUCUCCCAUUGAGAUCCUAGAAGUAUUGUGAAGUGGGGGGCUUAAGGCUAGAAUGAAAUAAGAAUCAAUCAACUGUAAUAUUUUAUCAUGGACAAAUGAGGAAAGAUGCUGAAACUAAAGGAUUUUUCAUCUCUCAGAGCUUGAUAAAAUACAGUGCACAAAAACUCGGCAGUGGCUUUCCAGAGGUGACCCUGGAGAUGUGUUAGAAUGGAUAAAGCAUUUGAAAUGACCAUUUAACGUAGUUUCUACAUUGGUUAUCUGAAGACUCAGAGGAUACAAAUAUUGGGGCUACCCAGGUUCCUGGGUGCAUUGCUGCUGUGUCUCCUGCUUCAACCAUUAGGUCAAUAAACAAAGACCAAUAGGAAUUUGGAAUUCCAGAAUUUCUGACAUAACAAAUUGGAAGGGAGCAUGGAACCUAAGGGUGGGUGAAGGUUUUACCUCCUGGAACAUCCUGCACGGACCACUGAAAGACAUGAAAAUAUGCAGCAUCAAAAUAAUGCCUGUCAUCUUCCACGUGUCAGCGAAACACACUCUUUAACCCAACUACUGAAGCAGGCACCUCUAGAAAACUUGACGACUUCCCCAUGUUUUCCAACUGGAAAAUUACUUCAUUUUCAUUACGUUUUAAGCUUACAUUCAGUCACACUCCCAAGUCUUAGGAGCCAAGCCGAUACCUCCUUUUAUUUUUCCAAAAGCAGAGGACUUGUUAUUUUUGUAAUACCAGAGUCCUGUGAUGAAAUAAAAGCAUUGGUUCAAUGUAUCAGAGAAAUAGCAGGUUACCCAGCAGCUGAAAUAAUAAAACUCAAGCUCUCUUUUUUGGAAUGGGCCAGAGACCUGACGUAAGACUUUCCAGGGAACCAGCCUGUAGUCUGUCCGUUUUUAGUUAGGUUCUUGGUGCCGAGUUGUUAACCCUCCUGCACUAGUUGCUUUCAGUGGCAUUGGAUGAGUUUUCUUUUUACUUCCUAUGUUGUAAGAAUGGUUAUGAAUAGGAGGUCAGGGAUGGUACAGAUGAAUAUAAUUCUAAACAAGGAUUAGAUGGUAGUGGACUGUUACGAGUGAGGAGGCAUAAUUGAGGUAAGAAGAAUGUGAGAAUGUACUGACUGGGUCUGUGACUUAAGGCAGAGCAGCAAUUAUAGUAAGUGUAUUUUACAAACACGCAUGUAGAUAGAGGUUUGCUUGGAAAUAUGUAAGUUUUAAGAGGUCCACAUUUUGCUGGUUAUCCUGGCCAGAUAGCUUCCGAAUUCAACCAAGUUACUAGAUAAAAGAAACUAAAAUCACUUCAUUUAAUUAAUGUUUUCCCUGAGUUACAAAGAAGUUAAUUUAUGUCAUCCACUCUGAAUGACUCUUCUUUGAAUGAGCUAGAUUCCCAACCCAGCCACUGAUGGAUAUAUUCUCUAGCACAAGGCAGCAUUCAAAGGAAUUAUUUCUCAGUAUUUCUUUUCAUAUUUUAAAAACUAUAGACUAGUUUCCUAAACACUCCUCCAUGGUAAUUAUGAGAAUUAAAGAUUCUAAAAUAUUAACAAUUUACCCUCCAGCACAUUCAGAGGGUCAAGACCAUUUAAAUGUCCCUCUCAGGGAACUUGAAAUAAAAUACUUGUCUUGAAUACUCCUAAAAAUCUUUGUAUUAUUUAGCAAAGUUUGGCCCAAAAUUUCUUUGUUUGCUUAAGACAUUCUUGUACUAUAUAAGGAACAACAAACUAAAAGGUAUGUCGUGUUUGUCACCUCCUCACUAUCAAUAAAGCUGCAUUCAAUAAGCGCUUUGUCAGUGAUCAGA